AUGAUGAACCAAUAGAGGUGUGUGUUACCACAUUCGGAGCGGGUAUUGCCUGUGGUGGAAAGUUUAAAAGAGAGCGUGUGUCCUGCUGUCCCUCAGCAGAAGCAUCAAUCAACAUGAUCCCCAUUGUGCUGGCCUCAGUGCUCAUUGCUAGCGCCCUUGGGUGCGGCACCCCACCCAUUGAGCCCCUGACUUCCCGUGUGGUCAAUGGAGUAGAUGCCAAGCCCCACAGCUGGCCCUGGCAGAUCUCUCUGCAGUAUGAGAGGGACGGUGUGUGGAGGCACACUUGUGGGGGAUCUCUGAUUGCUGCCAACUGGGUCAUGACUGCUGCUCACUGCAUCAACACCAAGUUGUCCUACAGGGUGUUUGUGGGAAAAUACAACCUGGUCGAGGAAGAGGCUGGCUCCAAGGCUAUCCUGCCUGAGAAGAUUGUUGUCCAUGAGAAAUGGAACCCCAUCUUUGUGGCCUUCGGUAACGAUAUUGCCCUGAUCAAGCUGUCAGAGUCUGUGACUUUGAGUGACCAGGUGCAGUUGGCAUGUAUCCCUCCUGCUGGCACUGUGCUGUCCAACCUCUACCCCUGCUACAUCACCGGAUGGGGCAGGCUGUACACCGGAGGCCCCAUAGCUGAUAAGCUGCAGCAGGCUUUGAUGCCUGUGGCUGACCAUGCCACCUGCUCCCAGCCUGACUGGUGGGGUAUUGCUGUCAGGACUACCAUGGUGUGUGCCGGUGGGGAUGGAAUCGUUGCUGGAUGCAAUGGUGACUCCGGCGGCCCUCUGAACUGUAAAAACACCGAGGGCGUCUGGGAGGUUCAUGGCAUUGCCAGCUUUGUCUCUGGCCUUGGCUGCAACUAUAAGAAGAAACCCACCGUCUUCACCAGAGUGUCCGCUUUCAACGACUGGAUCGACCAGGUUAUGAUGAACAACUAAAGAAGAUAGAAUGUCAAUAAAAAAGACUCAGAAAACUG